AUGUUCAGAAAAGAGCUACAAGAACGUUUUGAGCACCCUGCAAGACACCACACCAAAUAUCUAGCAAGUUUCAAACUUCCUCUCUAUAGCCAGCUUUUCAUUUUCACAAUGAACUCCAUCAGUGAAGCAACUACAAAAUUUUGCCUUGACUUUUUCAAAGUACUGAACAAAGAUUUUCCGUCUGACAAUAUCAUCUAUUCUCCUCUGAGUAUCUCAGCUGCCCUGGGCAUGGUCCUUCUUGCGGCCAGAGGUAAUACUGCCACCCAGACAGAAACGGUGCUUCAUUUCCGAGAAUUUGCAGAAAAUGAAAAUCCAGGAACAAGAAGCUCUUUUGAAGCAACAAGAAGUGAUGGCAAUUCAGAAAGCAGUCACAGACAACCUCUUCCUCUCCAGCAGCCGACUACAGCAGCUUUGUGUUAUUUGAAGGUUCCUGAUGAUCAGUGUGAUAUAUCUGGAGGGAUUCAUUCCCAGUUUAAUGACAUCUUCUCCGCAAUCAACAAACCUACCACUUCUUACGAACUGGCUAAUGCCAACAGACUGUAUGGAGAAAAGACAUUCAAUUUUCUUCAGCAAUACCUGUCCUGCAUCCAAAAGUUAUACCAGGCUGAAUUGAAACCAGCUGAUUUUCUGAAUGCUGCAGAGGAAACCAGGGAGCAGAUAAAUUUGUGGGUUGAAACCUUUACAAAGGGUAAAAUCAAGAACCUCCUUGCCCCAGGCACUGUUUCUGCUGGUACUAAGUUAGUCCUCGUGAAUGCUGUCUACUUCAAAGGGCAAUGGGAAGUGGAAUUUAACGGAAAAAACACCAAAGAAAGAGCUUUUCAGAUUAAUAAGACUACAAGCAAACCUGUGCAGAUGAUGCACAAAAUGGGCGAGUAUAAAAUAGCUACAAUAGAGGAGCAUGAUUGUCAGGUGCUUGAACUCCCAUACAAGGGUGAUGACCUGAGUAUGUAUAUACUGCUGCCAAAAGACUACACGGGUCUAACACAGCUGGAAAAAGAACUUACUUAUGAGAAAUUAACAACUUGGAUUAGCCCCGACCAUUUGAAAGAAGUUGAAGUGGAGGUGUUUCUUCCUCGGUUCAAAAUUGAGACAAGCGCUCAACUUAAGAAAUAUUUAGAAGCUUUAGGAAUGACCGAUAUGUUUCGCCCAGGAGUAUCAGAUUUAUCUGGAAUGGUAAAAACAGAUGGCCUGUCUGUCAGUGAAGCUAUCCAUAAAGCUUAUAUAGAGGUCAAUGAAGAGGGCACUGUGGCAGCAGCUGCAACUGCAGUUAGCGUAGGUAUAACCUCAGUAAGAAUACCUGUACAGUUUGUGGCUGAUCACCCUUUCCUCUUCUUCAUCAGACACCAAAAAACCAAAUGCAUUCUCUUCUAUGGUAGAGUCUCUUCCCCUUAAGAAAAUUUCUAUUUA